AAAAGACCGGUAAAAUUUUCUCUCAAAGUGGCUAGCUUACUGUCCGUACUGAUAGAUAAUGUAGAAAUUCCCUGUAAAGUGUAAGGAACAUUAUGUGUUUAUGACUUUAUUACUGCAGCCAGCAGCAAGGAUGCCUAAGAAGUUCCAAGGAGAGAACUCCAAGGCGGCUGUCGCCAAAGCCCGCAAGGCAGCCGUUGAACAUGAGAAACAGGCCGCUAGGCAGAAGGCUGAAGAAGACAGCUACUGGGAGGAUGACGACAAACAUGUCAAGAAGAAACAGCAAAGGAAGGAAAACAAAGAAAAGAAGCACGAGGAGCAGACCUCCAGGAAGCAGGAAGCUCGUCGUCUCCUGGAGGAAGAAGAAGAGAUGAUCAAAGCCUCCGCCAAGACGGUCAAGCCCAGCAAGCUGACCAGAGCCCAGAUACAGGCUGACCGGGAAAUAGUAGCUGCUGCAGAAGCCGCAGAGAGAAUGAAGCAAGAGCCCACCACCCACCUAGACACUCCGCUGGAGGAGAACCCUAAUCUGGUGUUGGCUGAGCAAGCAGCAGCUGGCGUUACUGUUGGCAGGAAUGUGGAAGAGGCCAUCAGUGCACUCAGUGUUAAUGAUCCCGCCUUGGACAAACAUCCCGAGAAGCGAGUCAAGGCCGCCUACAAGGCCUUCGAGGAUCUCAACCUCCCACGACUAAAAGCCGAAAACCCCAACCUCCGAAUGUCGCAACUCAAGCAGAUGCUCAAGAAGGACUGGGCCCGAUCCCCGGACAAUCCGCUAAACCAAAGAACGGCAGUUUACAAUGACAAAUGAGAACAUUGUGUGAAUAUGGGACGCUGGUGGUGGACUGUGGACGAGAAGUGUGAUGACAGGAAGAUUGCAUUCGGAAAAACCUGAGGAAUAUUCUAUGGUUGCAGAGACUUCAUCUCGUACAAACAGAUUGCGUUGAUUUCUUGGCAACUUAAAGACUGUACCCUCUUUAAAGGCACGUGGGAACAUUUGCAAUUACCCGGAAACGUACCUACUGAUAGAAACUCCUUGCUUAAAGUGAAGAUAGGACUGGUACCAAAAACCCUGUGAGAUUAUUCUGCCUGAGAUGGUAUUAUUGAGAAGAAACCAAUCAUUGCAGGUGGUUUAAGAAAGUGUGUCCGUGGGCUUAUUUUUUUUUACCUGCGUUAGCAACGGAAUCCAGUUACGAGACCCUAAAGAUUGUGCAUACAUUUUCUCUGUUUUAUCAAAAUGUCAGUAUCCACUGAGAUGAAACCUCAACAAGUUAGUUAAAUAUGUACCGUUCUUAAAAAGCAAAUGAUCCGAUGUACCUUUAACAUAAUUAUUCAUCUAUGUACUACAUUGUACUACAUUGUAUUACAUUGUAUUGAUUCCCUGGUGAAUACAUACAGAUAAUACAGUGCAUGGGCAGUUUGGGGCGCUUAGGGCAGUUUGGGGCGGUAGAGCUCAAAUGAGUUUAAUGAUUUUGCGUCUCAUCUCAGAGUGAUCCUUUUUCUCAACAAGAAUUUAAUUUAAUUCAUAGAAUUGACAAUCUCAAAAGGAACUAUUCAAGCUUUCACCGAACUCUCCCUGAUGCUUUCACAUACAGCAGCAAAGCUUUCCUCUCCAUUUGCUGCAAAUGGUGGUUCUAAUAUUUAUCAGGAUUGCUCCUAAUUUGCCAUUCAAUUUGAAAUAUUGUUCCUGUCACUAUUCAAGGCAAACAACACGAUCUCAGAGCUGCCAACUCUCCCUGAUUCUGCAGAAAGUUCCCUGAAAAUAAACUGAUCUUUCCAUGUUCUGAUGAACAAAUUUGAAAAUCUCCCUGAUUAAGGAAACUUUUUCCCUAUUACAUGUAUAUUGAAUGUAAUUCUAAAUAUGUCCCUGAUUGUUGUACAAAAUCUUCCUGAUUGCAAGAUGCAAAUGUUGGCAGCUCUGCGAUCUGCCUGAUGUCAUAGAUGUAUUCAUUUUAAACACUGAUCAUCUCCAAGCUUCUACUCAUCUAUUGAGCAGACAAAAAUCUCUUAGAAAUUUGCAUCUCUUAGAAAUUUGCAUCUCAAUCGGGCCCUACUAUAUUAUGCGAUUGUGUACUACUUGUCCAAAGGUAAAUUGUAUGGUUGAACAUUGGUUGCUUUUUGCAUGUACUGAUUGUGGUGUUAAUCCCGAAAUCCUUUAUUUUCAAGAGAAAUGAAAUACAUGUAGCAUUGUAGGGAACCCUGAGGCAGAUUGCUGUCAAAUGAAUUCUUAAAAUCCCAUCGGGCUAUGUGUAAGACAUUAAAUGUCAUUUAUCGAUAAAGA